AUGCGUUCUUCAGCGUAUCAUAGAAUCUUUGGUAUUCCAGAACUUUAUGAGGAAAUCCUCCUCCUAGUUGAUCUACCCACCUUGCUCACUUCAGCUCAAAGGGUCUGCCGUAUGUGGCAUAGGGUCAUCCAAGAUUCAGGUGCUCUCCAGAGAGCUCUCUUCUUCAAGGCUUCCGAGAAGCGGGUUGAACCAGAGGAAAAACGUAUAAACCCGUUCGUCCAGUCAGAUCUCUGGCGUGGUCUAUUCCGCAGAGAGGUCUAUAAACGUUCGCGCGUACACAUGAGUCGUAAGUGGGAGGCUUAUCUUCGAAGAGAAGCCAAUUGGAGACGUAUGCUGCUCAAGCAGCCACCUUCCAACAAGGUCACUGUUGUUGGAUCUCUGUACCUGGAUACCCAAAGCCUUACCCCAUUGCAACUCGCGCUCAAACCUCACAGCGACUGGUGUCGACUGGGAGAUCUGUACUCCGGCAUCGAGCAGGAGAUUAUUUUCCCAAUGCGUGAUCCUUUCGUGUUCUUGUGCGUUGUCCAUCCACAUUCCGAACUUGAUCCGAAACUGAGGCCUUCGUGGUCUACCCGUACCGUACCUAUCUCGAAGCUCCUCUUUGAUUGUGAUGCUGUAUUCUUCCAUAGGGGCACACCUUUCACAGUAUCGCCUAGGGUGGAUUUCGAAGAUUGGCUGUGGUCACUGGACAAAUUUGAUUUAGAACCUACACUCGGCGGGGAUUUUGAUGAUAACUGGUGCUUUGGCUUCCCAGGGCUACGAAAAUCAGUGUCCGAGUACCUCGAUAAAGUCUAG